AUGGACGAGGGGAAGAUGGAUGAGAAUGAAUGGGGGUACCACGGUGAAGGCAACAAGAGCUUGGUGGUCGCUCACGCACAGCGUUGUGUGGUGCUGCGUUUUCUGAAGUUUCAUCCAAAUAGGAAUAAGGCCUCAGAAGAAAUAUUUCAGCACCUACAGAACAUAGUGGACUUUAGCAAAAAUGUCAUGAAGGAGUUCUUUGGGGAAAACUGUGUUCAUUCUGGGGAAGUUGUUCAGCUCCCUCUAGAUUUUGUGAAACAGCUUUGUUUAAAGAUACAGACCGAAAGACCAGAAUCUCGCUGUGACAAGGAUCUGGACACACUCAGUGGUUAUGCCAUGUGCCUUCCUAACUUGACCAGACUUCAGACCUACUGCUUUGUGGAGCACCGACCAAUUCUGUGUGUAGAGAUUAAGCCAAAAUGUGGAUUUAUUCCUUUUUCCAGCGAUGUCACACAUGAAAUGAAACAUAAAGUGUGCCGUUACUGCAUGCAUCAACACCUUAAGGUAGCAACUGGAAAGUGGAAGAAAAUAAGUAAAUAUUGUCCCCUUGAUCUCUACUCAGGAAAUAAACAGAGAAUGCACUUUGCCUUGAAAAGUUUGUUACAGGAAGCACAGAAUAACUUAAAGAUAUUCAAGAACGGUGAAUUAAUAUAUGGUGGCAAGGAAGCUUGGGACUCGGUGGCUGACUGGGGCGAGCUUGCUCACCACCUGAAGCCUUUCUUCUUCCCUUCCAAUGGCCUGGCCAGUGGGCCACACUGCACCAGGACUGUGAUCCGAGAGCUGGUGCAUGUCCUUACUCGGGUGCUGCUGAGUAGUGCUGACCAGAGCUGGCCAGGAGCCUGGAGAGCUGCUCCUGCAACACGGGGCCCAAGAGCCUGCGAAGCCAGCCCCUUCAGCAAACAGCUGCACUGUCAAGGAAAAUACACCUCCGAGCACUCAGGGCUACCGAAGGACUGUCUUCUGUACAGAACCCUCCAGGUUCAGAUGCUGGACAUGCUGGACAUAGAGGGCCUCUACCCUCUGUAUAGUAGGGUUGAACAGCACCUGCAGGAGUUUCCUGAGCAGAGAAAAGCAUUGCAAAUAGAUGGACCUUACAAUGAUGCCUUUUAUCAGAAGUUGCUUGACCAUUCUACUGAGGAUGAUGGGACACUGGCUUAUGCCUUAACCAAGGUGCAGCAGUAUCGCGUUGCCAUGACAGCCAAAGACUGCUCCAUUAUGAUCACGCUCUCCCCUUGUUUGCAGGAUGAAAGCCCUGGUCACAGACCCAUCGUGCCCACAUCCAAAUCCCGCCUUGCCUUCUCGGUGUCCGUGCUGGACCUUGACCUCAAGCCCUAUGAGAGUAUUCCUCACCAGUACACACUAGAUGGCAAGAUCAUCAACUACUACUGCAAGGCUGUGCGUGCUGAGGAUGCCACUGCAGCCAGCCCACCCCGGUUAAAAGGAAGUGAGGACUGCACGCUCCUCCUCCACAAAGUCUAA